AGUGAUAAAAGAAAUCUUCUAGUAAUCUUACAUAAGAAAUUUAUUUAAAUUUAUUAUAUUUGAAUGAUUUAAAUAAAUGUAGCCUUAUCGUUUGCCAUUAAAGAAACGUAUCGCAGUAUUGAUCGAACAGUAUAGAUGUAGUUUACUACAGUGCAGUUGGAAAAUCCCAUAAUGCAAGUGUCUAGUAUUUAGUACAUCAAUGAGCCAGUUGUAAGGACUCCAUUCUGUAAUGGCUGCAACAGGUAUAACAGCGUCUUCUCAAAAAGGAGAUUCCGAGGAUGCUGAAACUGAGGAUCAUGUAUGGCUGGAAAUGAUGGCAAAGUGCCUUGAAAACUCCACAAACAAAUUGCCACAUUCGAAGUUGUUGCUUGUCUUGGGAGACGGUGAUGGAGAAAAAACUCUUCUUGUUGGUAAGUUACAAGGUACUUCAGACAAACUUCGAAAAGGUAAUGGACUUGAAUACCAUUUUCUGAACGUUAGAGAUGAAUAUUGUGAAAAUCAAACAAAGCUAGGUGUUUGGGUCCUGGACGAAGACCCGAGGCUGCAGAGCUUAUUGAAAUACGUUUUAGAUCAGACCACGAUAUCAGAGACGACAGUUUUGCUGACAGCGAGUAUGGCUAAGCCUUGGAACAUUUUCAAAUCCAUAACUACAUGGGCUCAAAUUUUAGAUGAGCAUAUUAAAAAUUUAGACAUGCCUUCUUCAGCCUUGGAAGAGCGAAAAUCAAACGUACUCAACCGGUAUCGAGAAUACAUCGAACCUGGUUUGAGUGUCUAUGGUUCACUUACCGGACAAGAAAUAGGAGAACCCAAAGAAAUAGAAAAUAAUUUAGGGGUAGAAAUUAUAGUUAUCAUAACGCAGACUGAGCAUAUGACAACAUUGCAAACAGAUUUUGGUUAUGAAGAUGAGCAUUUUGAUUUCAUACAAUAUACUCUUCGAAAGUUCUGUCUAUCUUAUGGUGCUGCUCUAUGUUACGUGUCUGUGAAGGACGAUAAGAAUUGCGAUUUGUUACUUAAGUACAUUUUGCACAAGGUGUAUUCUUUCCCGUUUAGGAUUCCUGCUAUAUUUUUAGAAAAAGAUUCCGUUUUUGUACCUGCCGGAUGGGACAGCGCAAACAAAAUACGAUUCUUAGCGGAAACCAUGACGACAAUAGACGCACUUUCUGCACACUUUGAAGACGUCAUUAUCAAACCAGGUCGUCUUUCUGCAAAUCCGUGGCUUCCUGAAAUCGAAGCUGAUAACGAUCAGGACUUCCUUCUAGCUUUACAAGGCGCAUUACUGCGCCAGGCUACCGACGAGGCUUCUGAAUCUGCUAAAGAAAACCAGGCGGCUGCUGGAGUACAAAGAAAUGCUACACGCCGAGUAUCUCGAUCACCAAAUGUUCGAACAUCUCAAAAGAAAUCAGAAACCAAACUGACAACAGUUGAAGGAGAUACAGUUUUGCAUACAUUUUUUAAAAGCCUUCUCACUAGAAGGACAAGUGCGCCAGUGGAUAGGCCUGUUGGAACAUCCGGCAGUAGGACUUACGCAUCUAAAGACCCUUCCGAGGUCCAUGUAAAUGGCCUUGAUAAUAAAUGUCUAAAGAGCAGUUCUAGCGUAGAUGGCAGUGAUAGCAGAUCUCAUGAGCAUCCGCAGGAUAGUGAGAAUAUGAGGAAUUACGAGGUAUCAAAUAUAUCCUCAAAUGAAAAUGGAAAAGGUGAGACCGCACAUGAAAACGAGCUUGCACCUUCGUCUUCCUUAUCUGCUCAGCACGAUCUAGAUACACUAGUGGAGGAUGAAGGUUUAGAAUCCAUGUCGGCUUUCUUGAGAAGAUGUGCAAAUUCCAACGCUUCUCAGGGAAAUAAGAAAUUUGGUAACAAUAUUAACUUCCCUUUAGAUCAGGAUAAAGAUGUACAUCAAUUGCCAGAAUACUUCUUGAGCAGCCGUGGUUCUGGUACUUGUGCUCCCGAUUGUUGUUAUCAAAAUAAUAGUUCCUCCGCCAAUGGCGAUUUGGAAUCAGAUUUUAGUUUACCACUAGACCGGGUAAGAAGCGAAUUUAAUCCACCUUUGCGACUCAUUCUUGAAAAUCCAAAUUUGCCUCUAAGCCAAAACGUUGCUUUCCCGGUGAGAAAAGGAACGGAAUUCGAGAAUUCAGUACAGUCUUCCGUUGUAGCUAAUUCUUCAACAAUUCCUUCAACUUCGAAAUCUCUUACUGAAACAGCUAUAUUGAACGACCAAAAGACUCUGCCCUCAUCCAAGUCAACCAAUAGUGGGUUUGCAUUAGUUCCACCUAUUGCAGUGAAAAGUCUGGAAAAACAUAAAUCUGUAAAUGAACUAUAAACUGAAAGUCACAGAAAUGAAUUUGUUUCAAUUUCUGCUUUUUAAUUCCUCGCAUAUUUUGAUUUGUAUGUAGGAAUAUAUAUGUAAGUUUACUUUGCUUCUGUAAAUGUUAUUUAUAUGUUAUUCUCUUUCAGAGAGCUGUUUUGUAAAAGCUGAUGUUAAGAAUAUGAGACACAAAAAAUUCAGCAUUUGUUAUCAUAAAAUAAAAAUUUAUAACUCUCAUUGACUAUAAAAACGUACAAAUGUUAUUAAUUUAUUAAUUCAUAUCUACCUUGUGUAUCAGAAAUAAAAUAUUUUCUGCUGUGUUGUAAUA